AUGGUAAUUCUUUUUCGACGCAAAACUAUCAGCAUUCGACUUGUUCGACGCCGCAUGUUUUUGUUGGCACGUCAAUUGACGCUGGAGCAGCGUUACAAACUUUCCGACUCGGCGGAUGUUUUUCAGUUCCCGACUGCGGUUCACGGACAGUCUGGGAAGUUUAAUGACGUCACUGUUGCAGCACGCAGCAAAAUUAUCCCAAUCCAUUACACAAUUUUCAAAACGGCAUCUGUUCUUGACGAGCUACACGGCGAUCGGCCUGCUACCGCCAUUAUAUUCAAUGAAAACGUCAAACUCAUGGUGCAGACGUUGGGGAAAAACUGGAUAGAAUACAGCCAGGCAGCUGCACCGGAAAUCGAAAUCAACAAACAAUCAUUGCGGUGGAUACUUCGGGGAUGGGUAAAGGUCUGCUUGUACCGACAUCAUGUCCUUCAGCCAAGGCGCAUUUUUUGGAACGCGAUCUCUUCUUGA